AUGGAAUCCCCCGCCAUCCAAACCCCGCUUGAUCCGAAAGAGCAACCGAUCUUGGAAUCUGUACUUCGCAUUCGCGACGCGCUUUAUCUGCUGAAACAAGACAAAUCGUCGUAUAUUAGAUCUCGUGAUGUCCUUCCUCUUUACGAAGAGGUGACCAAGGAGAUAGAAAAGCUCAAUGCUGUUCGGAAAGACCAAAACCGUCGUCUGGCCCAUAAUCGCUUGGAUUACGUAUUGGAUGACUGUUUUCAAUUGAUCUCGCUUCUAUUCUUGACGGUUGGGAGGAACAAUGAGGCCCCGGCAGUAUACUCCCUUGCAGCCACAGUACAACGACUUCUUGACCAUCUGGAAGAAGCCGGCUUUUACAGUGCGAAAGACCUAAGCUCGAUUACAACAACUCUCGCAGGAAUGCGCGAAACCCUGGAUCGUGGCAAAGAAGCCCACUCGCCCGCCUUGUUGACUCUCCUGGAAAGUCGCCUGGACAAGUGCCAGAUCAAGCUCGAGAAAUUGCAAAGUGAGCUGACCAAACUGAGCCCGGAGCUCGCUUCAACGCAUGAAACCCUAGUAUCUGUUCUUCGAUCAACCGCAGCCGUUAAUACUCGUUCGAAGUUCUCUGCCGCAGAAGUGAACGGGCUUCGGGACCAACUGAAAAGAAUCGAAGAUUCAAUGAAAGACGGCAACUUCGUUGACGCCAACGGGAAUGUACUAGAUAACCAGGAAGAAGUCAAAUUGCUUCUGCAACGGUGUUGGCGCUGGACUGAGAUAGUGCUGGAACGUGAGGGUAAAAUUGAUGAGAGAUUUCGAGAACAGUAUGAGCGACUACUCGAUAUUCGAAACCAGCUGGAUCGGCUCUCUGUCACACAAGCGUGGUCUCUCCGCGAAACAGAUCUGUUCGUUUACCAACGUAAACUUGACCGAAUUGAUGAAGCAAGGGUAAAUGGCAACUUUGUCGACGCUGAGGGAAAGCCAGCAGAUCUUCAUGCACAGCGGACUCUCCUCUACUUGAUUCGGAGAAGCUAUGCGUACAUUUAUGCACUUCUCAUCUCCUCAGAGCCUGUCUCAGAAGCACUAUUACCCGUAUACAAUCAGCUCCAAACACUGCGGCGCUGUCUGCUAGAGGUCAAAGAAUCCGGUGGUGUAUCCAACUCGCGCGAACUCUAUCCAUAUAGUAUGAAGCUCAAUUCAAUUGACAACAUGCGCGUUGACGGUAAAUUCUACAUUGGCAAUGACAUCCCCGAGGGACAAGGUGGAGUGAACGCCUUGCUUGCCGAAUGCUACGACCUAGUUUGGGAAUUGCGGGCCGCGGUGGCGGACGACAAGGAGUAA